UUCUGUCUGUAUUGUGUGUAGAUUUAAACAAGAAAUUUCAAUUUCUCAGUUUCAGUUAACAUGUCAUAAACUUUAUCUGUCUCAUCAGACAGAUUUUGCAUCUUUGCAAUGCAUAUGAAAAAAGUUUGUUUUCUUUUUACAAUGGCUUAAGAAAGGGAUAGGCAAUGUGCUCGUUUUUAUUAUGUUAAUAGAUAUUAUUUCCAUCAUGCUGAACAGUUAUUAUUUUAUAUUAUAAAUCUCAUUUUGUUUAGUUUUCCCCGCAGUGUGUCAUUUGCUGUAUCAGGUAGUUUGCAUUAACACAUCAAGAUCUACUGUAUGCAUUUCACACAUGGAUGCCUGUGUUUCCCAUCACUUCUGUAAAAAUGAACAAGGCUUCUUCAGACAAAUCUGUGAUUUUAAAGAUGGAAGUUGCCAGUUGACUGAUCCAAAGAUCUGUAACGGCACUCUUCAGAUGAUACUGACCCGCUCAGCUGCUUUGGGAGACUGUCUGUGUUAUACUUCAGAUCCAUGCAGCACACUACAACAGCUGUAUUCUCAAUGCCAGCAACAUUUGGAAAAGAAAGAACUUGAGGCAAAAUGGCAAGCCAGUGCCCAAACCGGACAUGGCAAAUCAUGUCUCGAGGAGACAAUGGCAUGUCUUGAGGAUGAGAUCUGUAAUAGGAAUAUGGUGCCAUUUGUCCAGGCAUGCAGUCCUCACAAGUGCAGACCCCGUCGAUGCAGGCAGGCUAUGGGUCAGUUCUACUCAGCUCUUCCUCACAAUAUAGCGGAGAAGCUGGUGUUCUGUGACUGUGAUAGAGAAGAUCAAGAAUGUCAACAGAUGAAGACCUCUCUGCACUCCAGCUCCUGUGAGACUGACCAUGUCCAAACACCCUGGACCUGCCUGGAGAUGCUGGAUUGCUGCUCUGAAGAUCAGCGGUGCAGGAAAACAUUUACCAGGUACCUGUCCGAAUGUUUCGGCGCAGAGGAGCUUCCAUACGAUGGCCGUUCCACCAGCGAUUGGCUACAGCAAUUAGAUCCUGACUUUUUUCUGGGCGAAGAGCACCAAUGCAGGGUGGCAUUUGUGGCUACAAUGGGUUCAGUACUACACAAUCCAUGUGUUUGUGAUGGAGUACCACAUCAUGACCUGCAUAGGUGUAAUGAACUGCAACAAAUUUUCCAAAACAAGUCCCUUUUCAAGCUUUCAAGGACCAAAGACAAACUAUCAGAUGAAACAAGUGUUCGAUAUGAACUGACUAAUGAUUCUAGUGUUCAACACCAGCCGACCAAUGACUCAAGUGCUGGGUGGCAACUGACCAAUGAAUCGAGUGCUGUGCAGUUAAGUGAUCAGCUGCUGUACUUCUUGACAUACGUCUCUGUGUUGACGGUGGUAGUAUUGCUCACAGUCAGCCUUGUUUUGCACAGACUAAGGAGGUUACACCAAGCUGCUGCAAAACAACAACGUUUUGAGGCCCAUCAGUCAAAAUCUCUGAUGUUGGUGUCUGAAAAUAUUUGAUUGUUUUCAUAAUAUACUUUAUUUUGAUGUUAUACUGACAUUUUGCACAUUCUAGAUAAAGUGUUCAAAGUAAUGCAAAAUAUAUGGUCUCUUUAAUGUAGAUUUGCUGUUGUCUGUGAAGCUGCAAUGGUUUUAUUGCAAAAUGUGAUUAUUUCGUCCUCAUUGAUUGAGCCUUGUGCCCAUCUUUGCUAUCACACGCACACACUUUUCAUCCACUCAUUCUUCCGUGUGCACCAAUGUUGAUUGCAAAAGCACUGGAUUGCAAGUAAUCUUUCUAUAUUUAUCUUUGAAUAAAAUGUGUUUACUGUAGCCCAUUUUUGUAUAAAAUGUGUUAAGCUUUGUGUGAAAACACUUAAUAUUUUUUGUCAGAUCUUGUUUCAGGUCAGAUGUGUUGCAUUAUGUGUAUAAAGUGCUAAUGUGUAACAUUUAGCGCAAUUGAUGUUGUCCUAAUUAAGAUGAAUAAAUGUCAAAAGUUUAGUAGCUAACAUAAGGAAAGCCUACAGGAUGAAAAGAGAUGAAAUAUUGUUUUCUCCCUUAACCCAUCUGAUUUUCAUCAGGAUGCAUCACUUUGUCUUGUCUUCAUUCUUACACCCCUUACAUCCCAACACCACAAUCCAGAUGUUUGAAAGACUAAUAAUGUGUUUGGUGAACCCCACUGUCAGGCCUCACAUUAAAUCACCAUUAGAGACUUUAACACAGACAUUAAUGAGAUGUUUCACUUAAGCUGAUCUUAUUUCACAGAUGGUCAAACUUUUGUCACACAGGGAUAACAGGGAAACAUAUUUUUCACAAGCUCGUAAUGUGUUUCAUACUGUAUUUAUUCUGUUUUAUAUAUAAUUUUAACUACAGUUAUAAUCUUAUUUAUGAUAACACUUUUAGAGAUGGGAUUCAUUACAACACUUCAUAAUUCUUUUACAACAGAAAUUGUGGGAAUUAGGGUUGCAAUUAUUAAUCAUAACAUGAACAAGUUAUAAGAUGUAAGAUAGGUGAUGUGUUUACUAUUAAUCUCCAUCACCCAACACUAAGGUGUCCAUCUUUAUCUACUCUAUGAGCCCAAAACGAAAUUUCCCCUGAGGGAUUAGUAGAGCUUUAUUGUACUGGUGAACAGGUGAGAAACACAAUGAGACAGGCUGAACCAGUUAAAAAUGAGAAAACAUGUGCAUGUGUUUGUUAAUUACACAUAUAGUUGGGUUUCUAUAACAGAGUUGGCCUGCUUUUGUUAGGUAAAUUUUACAGGGAGCAGUCAUAUCGUGUGUUUGUUUGCUUUCUCUCUUAAACACCUUAUAGUUAAAUAAGCUCAAUAUCUAUUACCCUCUCAAAUAAAGAGGUAAUAAAAAGGUAAACAAAGUGGUGCUUUACCAUUCAUAGCCAACAAUUAGAGAACUUGUGGCAAGCAAAGAAGUGUAAAUACAGGCUAAAUUAUAAGAGAUGGAUUUCUGAAUCAGGAUAAAGUCAGAUGUGUUUGCAGUGGAGCUCAGAGCACCUGUAUUUAAACAUUUAUCUCAAGAUAGAUGCUGUGAGUGUCAACUGAUGUCAGAGAUGCAUCAAUAAUGUUUUGUUUACAAGCUUAGCAGUGCUUUGACAGCAUAUAAAAUUUAGCUAAAAAUAUUAUUACUGAUCCAGUAAAAACAUUUAAUGUAUAACCUUUAUUGUCAUACACAUUCUUAAUGUGUAAAAUAAAUGAACUAGCACAUAAGUUUUGCACUUUGUUCAUAAAAUCUUUAUUAACUUUUUAAAUGAAUAAAGUGCAGUCAUGUACAAAAUGCUGCGAGGCAGGAAAGUUAAACUGUUAAAAGUAGAUUCCAAAGGAAAACAGUUAUGUAUAAAACAAGGUGUUGGUUAGACAGUCACUUAUCUUUUAAAAUAAAAUAAAAUAAAAAUCUAAAUCCAAAUGCAUGAAUGCUUAUUUUGGGGUAUGCCUUAACCAGUUUAAUCACCAUGAUUAGCUAAGUUUGUGUCGCAUUAAUUAUCUACACAGCGGAGAAACAGUAGCUAUUUUGCUUGUAUCUUUCUAGUACUCAAAAAGGAUGAGGUGCUGCAUCCAAAUUUAGAUCUGUAUUUCCUUAACCAUACUUUGCCUACGCAGUCUCACGAAAUUAUAUACCUGUAGUCACGUAAAUUUGUAAUGCUUUUUCGUGAAACUGUCACGAAUUUCUGUGUUUUUUCAUGACCGUAUCACCAAUUUCUGUUUACCUGUCAUUGUCAUGUAUUGGUUACUCAACUGCUUUUUCCUAUUUUCAAACCAUUGUCGCUUCGGUUUAGGGUUAGAUUUGGUGUUUGCGUUAGGAUGUCACUUUAAGUAUUGGUUUAUACUAUUUAUUUAUUUAAUUUUUGAAUAUUUUUUUUAUAUUUUCUGAUUUUUAAACCAUUGUUGUCUGGCAUUAGGGUUAGAGUUGGGUUUGGGUAAGGAUGUCAUUUUAUGUAAAUCUAAGUUGAGUUUUAUGACAGCAGCAGGACUCUCACGACAAUGCCUCUCUCACAGGCAUCCCAGCUCUUGAAGGCCACCCAGCUUGGAGUCUUUGGGAGGGUCUUCAUCUCUCAUGGCACAUAAACUGUUGUGUUUUUAGCCCUUAAACACUUCCUUCCGCAACUGAGGGGCAACCAUGUGCUGGUCUGAACAGGCAGUUUACAUUGCGCAGGAUAAAAAUGUGGUAGCAGAUGUCCUGUCGAGGCAAGGGCGGAGGCCUGUGGGGAAUGAUGAAUCCAUCCCUUUGUGGUGGAGUUCAUAUGGCUGUGGUACAGUCAAACAUUAGUCUGCUCUUCUUUCUAUCUCUGAGCCUCUUCUCUGAUAGCUUUGUUCCGAAGAAUUUUAGUGAGGGUUUGCCAGGACUGAGUUCAGUGGCUCCACGCUGACCAAUUUAAGUCUGGAUCUUAGAUGUUAUGUCUUUCCUGGUUGGCAACCCAUGAGAGCUUCACGUUCAGAAAGAUGUUCUGUCUCAUUCUCCUAUGUCUUGAUUUUAUAUAAUUUUCUCCAUUAUUGGUAAAUUUUAAUCUUAGCUGGAAUGGCAUGUUCAGUUUAAUAUGAUACCUGUCAAUUUUCAAACUUAACUGACUGAA